AUGAAGGUCAUUGUGGUUGGAGCAGGCAUUGCUGGUCUUUCAGCUGCGAUUGGACUUAGGAGAGCUGGUCAUGAAGUCUUGCCUAAUGCAUCCCGAGUUGUAUCUCAAUGGGGCUUCGAUGUCAAAAGAGCUCGCCUCGUGACUGCCCAAUCGACCACUUACACUUCCGGGGAUGACCUUCGUGUACUUAAUGUGGUAGAUCAUUCUAACAUUGAAGAAGAAUAUGGAUCUGGGUAUUUCUACAGUCAUAGGGUUGAUUUACAUACAGAGUUAAAGUUGCUUGCCACAGGAGAAGAAGGACAAGGAAAGCCGGCAGUAAUUCAAAAUAAGUGCGAAGUUGUCGGCUAUGACACCAUCAAUGGAUCAGUAAUUCUGGCCGACGGAAAGAGUAUGACGGCCGAUUUAAUUGUCGGUGCUGAUGGUAUUCAUUCUACGGCUGUAAAAGAAGUCACGGGAUAUGAGAACCCAGCUGUUCCAACAGGAAUAUCUUGUUUUCGAUGUUUAAUACCAGUCAAAGAAAUCCAAGACGACCCUGAAUGUGCUUUUUUUAUGGAAGAAAUGGAAGGCAAGCUUCGAAUGUUUGUCUCCCCAACUGAAAGCCAACGAAGAGUUGUUUGGUAUCCUUGCAGAGAGAAUCAAAUACUUAAUGUUGCAUUCAUGUGUCCGGACAGAGAGGGUCUCGAAUCCACUGAAGGCAAGCCUCAUUCCUUUUAUGCAUUCUAUUACUGGAACAUCCGUAUUCCUAGCGAGAUCUUCCUCAAUGAGCUUACUGGAUAUCAUCCUGCGCUUCGCCAUUUAUUAGCUAAGGGGAAAGAUGUCAGACUAUGGAAACUUCUAUUUAGAGCGCCUCUACCUACUUGGCAUCGGGGUAAACUCGUUGUUAUUGGUGAUGCUGCGCAUCCUAUGUUACCUUACCAAGGACAAGCAGGCGCCCAAGCAAUAGAAGAUGGUUGCGCUCUCGGCGUUCUCUUCUCCAAGCUCCCACCCGGCAAUCCUACAGUAGAAACAAUAUCAACAAGACUCCAUAGUUUCGAAAAAAUAAGAAAAAAUCGAGCAAGCGCCAUGCAAAUGUUUUCAAAUGCAGGCCCGGAUCAGUCGGAGAAGGUGAAGGAAAGUGCGAGGGCUUUUAUGGAAGAGGGACAGUGUGUACCUUCAAAUCCUCAAGAAUAUCAAGAAUACAUCUUCAAACACGAUGUUGCGAAAGUAUGCGAGGUGGAAUUGGAGAGAAUCAAUCAAUAG